AUGUCGGGAGACAAUUCAAACCACUUACCUGUCGCCCACACCAAUGCCUCUAACAGUUCAGACCUCGGAAUAUGCCAACUUCCUCCCACUUCAAAAAAUCUUGCACUUUCAUUGAUUCUUGUCGCUAUCUGCAUAGUAACAUUUUGUGGAAACUUGUUCGUUUGCGCCACUGUUUACAUCCAUUGCGCUCUUCGUUCCACAACAAAUUAUCUCAUUGUUUCUCUAGCUUUGGCCGAUCUGUUGGUGUCUCUUCUGUCGAUGCCAUUCAGAAUCCACUUUACACUACGUAACAACAACUGGUGUCUUCGUUCUAAUGUUUGCGGUCUUUGGAUCUGGGUGGAUUUUGUUGCAUGUAGCUCAUCUAUAGGUAGUUUGGCCGCUGUGUCCAUCGACAGAUUCGUCGCUGUAAAAUUCCCUCUUCGCUACCGUGCUCUCCUCACAAAACAGACCAGCUUGAAGAUGAUAUGCUUCGUGUGGAUGUACUCGAUGAUAUUCGCUUCCCUUGGUAACUACAACUGGACAUUUCACGCAUUCGAGACUUUCACACAAUGCCAUAAAAAUGACCGUGUGUUCUACACCACGGUGGCGAGCUUGGCGUUCUUCUUGCCCCUUGGAAUCAUUAUUGGAACGUAUUCUUAUCUCACUAAAGUCGCUGUACACCAGCGCCGGCGGACUUUAACCAAUACGGUCCGUCCGGAAGGUGAGAGGCCUUUUCGACGAGCCCGCAUUUUGCACGAGCUGAAAGCAGCGAAAAUGAUGGCUUGUGUAGUUUUAAUAUUCAUUGCUAGCUGGGCGCCUUUCUUUAUCUUGAUGCUCUCGGGUUUUUGGCACGACCGAGACACCACAAGUCGUCUAAACAUACCUUAUGCCGUCAGGGAUAUCUUUGUUCUUAUACUACCCAACCUUAACAGUGCUAUAAACCCUUUCAUGUACAUGGCGUUUACACGCGAAUUACGAGAGCAAGUGGCAAAGUUGGUUGAGAGAUUAUUCUGUCGAUCUUGCAAAUGUCAUGAGUCCAGAGUUCCGUAG